AUGUCUGGUCUUCUCUCUUGGUAUUCUGCUGCUAAUAAGGAUUGGAAGUUGACACUCCCUCCUGCCUUUGGAUCUGCCUACGUCGGGGAAACCUUCGCGUGCACUCUCAGCGCGAACAAUGAGCUCUCGGAGGAUGACCCCACGCGUGUCCUUACGUCAGUCCGUAUCGUCGCAGAAAUGCAGACUCCCUCCCAAGUCGCGUCGUUGGACCUAGAACCCAUGGAUGAUUCGUCUGCGCAAGAGGGCCUGAGGAAAGGACAGUCGUUGCAAAAGAUCGUUCGCUUUGACCUCAAGGAAGAAGGGAAUCACAUCUUAGCGGUCAGCGUCAGUUACACGGAAACUCUAAUCGGGUCCGACUCGCAAGCGGCCAGCGGGCGAGUGAGGACAUUUCGUAAGCUAUACCAGUUCGUUGCACAGCCCUGCCUGAGCGUUCGAACGAAGUCGUCCGAAUUACCGCCAUUAGAGGUUGACAACAAGACCCUGGGGCCCUACGGAAAAACUCGAUUGCUCCGGUUUGCUCUCGAGGCACAAUUAGAGAAUGUGGGCGACGGUGCCGUGGUAGUGAAGGUAUGA